CAAAAUUUAAGACGCGUAUUAUGAGCCUGAGAUAUCUACCAUAAAGGCCAAGCGUCACACUCGCCUGUGCUCUGUCUUCUUCUCUUCUUUUUGUCUCCGCGAGAACCAGCGCCUAGGGUUUAUGUUCUGAGUUUUCCCCUCCCGCAUGUCCAAAUUUUAGGGCUUUGAAAGGAAACCUAUUUACGCCAUUAAAAUUGCUUCAAAGUUGCUACAUUUUCUAGCACCAAGGCUUCCUUGAAAAGACCCUCCAUGGCCAAAACUAGACCGGGGAAAAGGGACGCGGAUUCGUACACGAUCAGAGGCACCAACAAGGUCGUCAGAGCUGGGGAUUGCGUGCUGAUGCGCCCAUCGGACACCGGUAAGCCUCCGUACGUGGCACGCAUCGAAAAGAUCGAAGCUGACAACCGGGGCAACACGAAAGUGAGAGUCAGGUGGUACUAUAGGCCAGAGGAGUCCAUAGGAGGGCGCAGACAGUUCCAUGGAGCCAAAGAGCUCUUCUUGUCUGACCACUAUGAUGUUCAGAGCGCUCACACCAUUGAAGGCAAGUGUACGGUCCACUCUUUCAAGAGCUACACAAAGCUUGAGAAUGUGGGAGCUGAAGAUUAUUACUGUAGAUUUGAGUACAAGGCUGCUACUGGAGCGUUCACACCAGACAGAGUUGCUGUGUAUUGUAAGUGUGAGAUGCCAUAUAACCCGGAUGACCUCAUGGUGCAGUGCGAGGGGUGCAAAGACUGGUACCAUCCUGCUUGCGUGGGCAUGACUAUUGUAGAAGCAAAAAAAUUGGAUAGCUUUCUUUGUUCAGAAUGUUCAUCUGAGGAGGAUGUGAAAAAGCCCCAGAACGCAUUUUCAGCAUCACCACAAGCUGGUGCAAAGGGAGAGCUGAAGCGGCGGAAGAAAUGACUUCCUUUGCAAGCAUAGGUUUGCUAGAGGCGAGACUUUUGAUUGCUGCCAUGUGGACUGUACAGUAGGAUAUCAGGACCUUAAUUUGACUUUAGGCUAUAUGCACCAGCUCCACAUUUAGGAAAUUGGUCCUGUAUAUUUAACAAAACAUAAUUCAAUUCGAACCUUGUUCUCUUAUCUUGACAGAAUAUCAUUUUGUCUAUUGCUAUGCCAAA